AUGUGGGUGACUCGCGUUCAACUCUACGACGUCUUUGUUGAACUCUGGCUGGGUGUCAAUAGACGUCGUCUCCAGGACAGUAACUUGUCACAGGAUGACCGACGGAUCUUCAAUGAUCUAUUGGGUGCAGGCUUUGUAUCGAUGGGCACUGGCUACGCCAUGAGGCUGGCGCUGGCGAUCUUUGAGAGACAGAAUGGAAACCCAAUUGUCCAGUACACCCACCUUAAUGACCACGACACCUGGAAGGCAGAGUUCUUUGGAAUAGAUCCAAAUGUACGUUUGUUGCAGGAAUCUUGUCCCUUGACCCGUGCAGGCAACCGGUUCCGGUUCCUUCAUAGGUCCAUGCUGGAGUAUUUCUUUUCUCGAGUCGUCUACAAUCCGGUCAGGACGGACGAUGGCUCUACAACGGAAACGGAAACACCUUCAUCUACCACCCAUGAGUUAGACCCUAGUAACCCGUUGUUCCGGCGUAACUGGCCUAUUGAACCCUCCAUAAUUCAGUUCUUAUGCGACCGCGUAAAGCUCGACUCGACUUUUAACCAGAAGCUCCUCUCUGCCGCCAACCUUCCCAAGACCGAUACCGCCGUCACCACCACCACUGCCGCCUUCAACGCCAUAACCAUCCUAGUCAAAGCCGGCAUUAGAUUCAACGGUGCAGAUCUGCAAGGUAUCAAAGUCCCUGGCGCCGACCUUUCCUACGGCCAGUUCGAUUCUACACAACUCCAAGGGGCCGACCUAAUGGGCGUCGAUCUCUCGAGGAGUUAG